UCCUGGCCGCGCGCUUUCCUCCGAUUUCGAUUUCGGCCGCCUUCAGUCGCUUUCAGUGGCGUUCUGGUCGCGCUGCUCUUUGGUCCGCCAAUUGCCCAAAAUCGCGGCGUUUUUGUGAAUGAAUUUCGCGAGCGAACUCAGCGAGUGAAUGAAUGAACACGGUGUGGUACGCGUUUACGGAGUGAUUAAAUCCAAAAGUGCUACGAAAAUAAAAUUACUUUAGCACAAUAAAAUGAUUGAAAACUAUAAUAAAAAUGGCAGCUUAUAUUCGACUUUCUGCCAAAGGCUUACUUUUAAUGUGAAAUUAAAUCAAAUGCACUACUUUUUUUAUAAAAAACAAAUAACGAGUGCUUAAAUCGAAGUAUUAAAUAUUGGUUUUCGGUACUUGAAAAGAGAUGAAAAACUGGUGAGUGCAAAAAAUGUAAGCAUUUUUUAAGAAGGAUACUUAAAAGCUAAUGGCCGACCGGAAUCUGCCAAAUGGAAUCAGCUGCAGUAAACGAGUUAACGGACUGCGGUCCCCCGUUUCAGGAUCGGCUUGUGCGGGUUGUAUCCUUGGCGCCGCUUGGCGACCAUCCCGCUUCGUUAAGUGAUUAAUCAUGCUCGUAUAUUUUCCAAGUGAAAUUCAAUUUGGACCGCAACGUCAGUGCAAGAACCACAACAGCCGUCCAGGCGACAGCAAAAAAUAUAAGAAAUAAAAAAUAGAGCCCCGCAAAAUUCGAAGGACAACGGAACGAGAAACUGUGCCUUCUAUACAGAGGAUAUACAGGAUACAGAGGAGGCGGCAGGAGGAACUGCAUCCGUCGCUUGGCAGCCCGGCGGCGAGUCCUGGCCGAGGACAUGAAAAUGCGCUUCAUUAAUUUGGCCGGCAGCCGCGGACUGUCUGAGGGAAAUCAGCAGAAGCUGCAGCUGGAGGAACAGGCGCAGGAACUGCCGGGGAAAUUGGAACAGGAACUGGAACUGCAACAGGAACAGGAACAGUCAGCUGCAGCGACACAGCACUGAGCACUCAGCACUCAGCACAGAGUUGCAAUGGUGGAGGACAAUGGGUCGUCGGAAGUGGAAGGAGGCGCAGUCGCCCCGCUCUUGGCGCUCCUCCGGAUGGAUGGGCUCAAUCAGACCCAGACCCAAGACCGCAUCCCCUCGACGCCUCCCUUCUUCGGCAGCUACAACAUCUCCGAGGACGUGUACUUCUACUUCAAUGGCCUGCCCACGAGCACGGAGGUCGUGCUGAAUGCCACCACCCUGAGCACACCUUCCACAAGUGUGGCGACAAGCGGUGGCACCACCACGCCGGAACCCGAUCUCUCCGAGUUCCUGGAGGCCCUGCCCAACGAUCGCGUGGGUCUGCUGGCCUUCCUCUUCCUGUUCUCCUUCGCCACCGUCUUCGGCAACUCCCUGGUCAUCCUGGCCGUCAUCCGGGAGCGGUACCUGCACACAGCCACCAACUACUUCAUCACCAGCUUGGCGGUGGCCGACUGCCUGGUGGGUCUGGUGGUCAUGCCCUUCUCGGCGCUCUAUGAGGUCCUGGAGAACACCUGGUUCUUCGGCACGGACUGGUGCGACAUCUGGCGAUCCCUGGAUGUGCUAUUCAGCACAGCCUCCAUACUGAAUCUGUGCGUGAUCUCGCUGGAUCGCUACUGGGCCAUAACGGAUCCCUUUAGCUAUCCCAUGAGGAUGACGGUGAAGAGGGCUGCCGGUCUGAUAGCCGCCGUAUGGAUCUGCUCCAGUGCCAUCAGUUUUCCGGCCAUCGUUUGGUGGCGGGCGGCGAGGGAUGGCGAAAUGCCGGCUUACAAGUGCACCUUCACCGAGCACCUGGGUUACCUGGUCUUCUCCUCGACGAUAUCCUUCUACCUGCCGCUGCUGGUGAUGGUGUUUACUUACUGUAGGAUAUACAGGGCGGCUGUUAUACAGACGAGGUCCUUGAAGAUAGGAACCAAACAGGUGCUCAUGGCCUCUGGGGAACUGCAGCUCACGCUGCGUAUACAUCGUGGUGGCACCACCAGGGAUCAGCAGAAUCAGGUUUCUGGAGGAGGUGGUGGAGGAGGAGGAGGCGGCGGUGGCGGAGGAUCCCUGAGCCACUCGCACUCCCAUUCGCACCACCAUCACCACAAUCAUGGAGGCGGAACCACCACAUCUACGCCCGAGGAGCCGGAUGAUGAGCCCCUAUCCGCUCUGCACAAUAAUGGAUUGGCCCGCCAUCGGCACAUGGGCAAGAACUUCUCGCUGUCCAGGAAGCUGGCCAAGUUCGCCAAGGAGAAGAAAGCGGCCAAGACGCUGGGCAUCGUGAUGGGCGUGUUCAUCAUCUGCUGGCUGCCCUUCUUUGUGGUCAACCUGCUGUCCGGGUUCUGCAUCGAGUGCAUCGAGCACGAGGAGAUCGUCUCGGCAAUCGUCACCUGGCUCGGCUGGAUCAACUCCUGCAUGAAUCCUGUGAUCUACGCCUGCUGGAGCAGGGACUUCCGCAGGGCCUUUGUGCGACUGCUGUGCAUGUGCUGUCCUCGGAAGAUUCGCCGCAAGUACCAGCCCACGAUGCGUUCCAAGUCGCAGUGCCACGUGGCCGCUGCAAUGGUGGCCGCCUCCACCUCCUUUGGCUACCACUCGGUGAACCAGAUCGACAGGACUCUCAUGUGACGGCAGCUGAGCAGUUGCAGCACCUGCAGCGGUGGCAGCAACUGCGGCGGAUCGCGCUCCGCCCACCACCAGCACCACUCCUCCGGCACGGCCACGCCCUCGUCCUCGCAGCGAUCCUGCACCAGGUGCCAGAGCUUCCACCGCCACCACCAUCGCUCCCGGCGCCGCAGCUCGGGGAUGCAGUUGCGCGGGGACUACAGCUCCACCACGGCGGUCAACAGUGCUCUGGCCAAGACGAUAGUGACGAUCAGUGCUCCUCCGGUGGCGGCUGCCUCGGCCAGCUCCCUGCACCUGGGCGCCGGAGGAAGACCCUCCUCGGUGUCCACCCUGACAAUAGCCUCUGUGCCGCCCACUUUGAGUGGGGCAGGAGGCUCAGUGAGUGGGGCUACUACUCCCCUGGCACCCAGCCUGAAAGCCCUGACCCCGGGACCCUCGAACUCAUCGGGUCACCAUGUGUCCUUCAUGCCCAUGACGGGCAUGAAACGGUUGCGCAGCUCCAAUGCCUCCCUGGGCUCGCCAAAUGGCAUCAUCAGCCCAGCUGGCGGAGCGGACACCACCUCGGCCCCUUCGCUCAUCGAUGCUGGCGAGGAUCAGGCAGUGCAGAUGAGGACGAACCACCACAGGAUCCUGGAGCAGUGCCACAGCGUCCAGAGCCAGAUAACCACCUUGGGCGACGUGGAGGACGACGAGGAGGCGAGCGACAGCGAGAGCGAGAGCAUCGGACUCGCCCUGGUGGAGACCACGCCCCAGCUGGAGAGCCAGCCGGUGGAGGCAUCCAGUUCCUCCAGCUCCUCGGUCAAGUAA